AUGAUCCCCUUGAUUAUGCAAUUGCAUAACAAAGCAGAAGAUUGUUACUUUGACCAAGAUGUGGCAGAUCGGAACAUGAGUUUGAACAUUCACGAUCAGUACAUUGGAGGAGGAGUGUGCAUCAACUGUACUCAAUUCACAGCCGGGCUUAAUUGUGAGACCUGUAUUGAUGGCUACUACCGGCCACACAAGGUGUCUCCCUACUCAGAUGCCCCUUGUUAUCCUUGUGAAUGUGACCCCUUUGGAUCUAUGAGUUCUGUUUGUAUUGUGGAUGAUAAUCAUGCCAACGUAAACCAAGGUGUCUUCCCGGGUCAGUGUCAAUGCAAAGAAGGCUUCACAGGGACAAAAUGUGACCAAUGCGCGUUUGGAUACAAGGAGUACCCAAACUGUGUGAAGUGUAACUGCAGUCUGGUGGGCAGCAUAAAUGAGGACCCUUGUGCUGAUCAAUGUAUAUGUAAGGAACAUGUCGAAGGAGAGAACUGUGACCGCUGUAAGCCUGGGUUCUACAACCUGCAGGCACAAAACCCAGAAGGAUGCACAGAAUGCUUUUGCUUUGGCGUUUCUGGUGUCUGCGAUGGACUCUUUUGGCAUACUACUCAGGUUUCCAAUAUUAAUGGCUGGUACAUUAGUGAUUUACAAGGAACACGUAUUCAACCCAAUCAAGACCAGUUUGAUGGCCCCCAUCAAAUAAGUAUUAAUCAUACUGUAGCAAGAAAUUCUUUGAUAUCUGCUUAUUAUUGGGAAGCUCCUUCAGCAUAUCUUGGAAAUAAACUAACAUCCUUUGGCGGAUACUUAAGGUACACAGCGUCUUAUGAUAUUCCUGCGGACAGUGCAGACAGUGAAGUGAUAUCUGGCGUGGAUGUAAUUUUACAGGGUAAUGGGCAGACUUUGGGAUUAAAGGCCGACGGUGUCCUGCUGCAGCCUUAUGAGGAGCAUACAGCUGAGAUAAAGCUUGUUCCUGAGAACUUCAUAGACUUCUAUUCAAGGAGACCAGUGGACAGGGAUAGGCUCAUGACUGUCCUCGCAAAUGUAAACCACCUUCAAAUUAGGGCUAGCUACAACCUUGCCAAGAAUACAAUCUCCAGAUUAAGCUCAGUCACCUUGGAUAUUGCACAACCAAAUGUUAUAGACCUCUUGCCAGCUGUUCAAGUGGAAAACUGUGAAUGCCCUCCGGGUUACUCUGGUACAUCUUGCGAGUCUUGUCUCCCUGGUCAUUAUCGUGUGGGUGGAACGCUGUUUGGUGGCAUCUGUGAACCCUGUGAAUGCAACGGCCACGCGACUGAGUGCGACAUCCAUGGUGCAUGUUAUGACUGUCAGCACAAUACCACAGGACAUCAUUGUGAUCAGUGCAUGCCAGGCUAUUAUGGAAACCCUUACCAUGGAACACCUAAUGACUGCCAACCAUGCGCCUGUCCUCUGCUGAUCUCCACUAACAAUUUCAGUCCAACAUGUCACUUAUCCAUUGACGGUGAGGCAGUCUGUGACCAGUGUGCCCCUGGAUACACCGGAACACGGUGUGAAAAAUGUGCAAAUGGUUACUAUGGCAGUCCCUCUGUUCCCGGAGGAUCGUGCGUCCCUUGUGAUUGCAAUGGGAACAUAGACCCUUUUGAGGUUGGCCAUUGUAAUGCAGUGACAGGAGAAUGCCUCAAAUGCACAGACAACACAGCGGGACGGCACUGUGAACGAUGUGCCGAUGGCUUCUAUGGGGAUGCAAUCUUAGCGAAAAACUGCUCUGCUUGCCAAUGCCAUCCUGAAAGCUCUGUUUCAGGCAUUUGUCGCCACGAGACUGGCAUAUGUGAAUGUAAACCAAAUGUGUUUGGAAAAAGAUGCGAUCAGUGCGUGCAUGGAUUCUACGGUUUGACGUCUGGCAUUGGAUGUCUCCCCUGUGAUUGUAACGAGUCAGGCUCCGUUUCAGAUGCUUGUAAUGAUGCCGGGCAGUGCACCUGCGUACCUGGAGUAGCUGGACUCAAGUGUGAUGUUUGUGCCCAUGGAUUUUAUGCAUACCAGGAUGGCGGCUGCACUCCUUGUGACUGUGCACACACCCAGAAUAACUGUGAUCCUGAGUCUGGAGAGUGCAUCUGCCCUCCUCAUACGCAUGGACCCAAGUGUGAAUUCUGUGACACCAACUACUGGGGUCAUGAUCCAGAACUUGGAUGUCUGGAAUGUAACUGCAGCAAAGAUGGGUCCAACAGCCUCCAGUGUGACCUUUCAACUGGCCAGUGCCAUUGCAGAAAGGAAUUUGGUGGACAGAGCUGCAGCGCCUGCCUGUUUGGAUAUAGGAAAUAUCCCGAGUGCGUUUCUUGUGACUGUGAUCCCGAAGGCACGCAGUCUGCAUGGUGUGAUGAUGAACGGAAGGUGUGCAGCUGCGUGGAAGAGACCGGCGAAUGUGCUUGUAAGGACAAUGUGGUUGGAAGUUAUUGCAACGAGUGUAAGGCUGGCACUUUUGCUCUUCAUGCUGAGAAUCCACUGGGCUGUUCCCUCUGUUUCUGUUCUGGAGUAUCCCAGCUUUGUGCCGAAAUGGAAGGCUAUGUCCGCAUACCUGUAAAAUCCUGGUCAAACCCAGAGAAUUCCAAGAUAUGAAUAUAACAUAAAAAUUUAUUGUUGAGCCGUAAAGGUCUAAUGUUUGCGGUUGCAUUAACAGUCAUUCUUUUUAUUUUGUCUGGCAAUGUAAACCAUGUUUUACACUUUUAUCUUCUAUUUAUCUGGCCACAGAUUUUGGCCUACGGUGGAAUGCUGUCAUAUGUCAUUACUUAUUAUGCUCUGGGAGAUUCUGGUUCCUCUGAUUUUGAGCCGAAGAUUUUAAUGAAAGGUGGGAGCGCCAGCAAACUGAUUAUAUCUAUGUACACCCCUGCUCCUGGAAACGCGGUGAGAGCAGAGAUUCAAGCCAGCAUGACAGAGAAUAACUGGAGGUAUUUUGAUUCUGAACAGACUGUAACAAGAUCAGAUUUCAUGUAUGUUUUAAACAACAUUGAUUACAUUCUAAUCAAAGCAUCUUAUGGAUAUGGAUUACAACAAAGCAGGAUCUCUAAUAUAUCAAUGGAGAUUGCGGUGGAGGCAUCAGACAUGCAUUCUGGCCGAGAAGCUGCUCAUCUCAUUGAGGUCUGCGAGUGCCCCCCUGGUUAUAGAGGACUUUCAUGUCAGGAGUGUGCACCUGGAUACUAUAGAGAGAAGCUCUCAGAAAUCAGUAUCUUAGGGUUACGUUUCCAAAACCCUCCCUGUGUCCCCUGUCAGUGCAGCAACCACAGCGAGAUCUGUGAUCCAGAUACUGGCAGAUGCAUGGACUGCCAAGAUAAUACAGCUGGUGACCACUGCCAUCUAUGUGCUCCUGGCUACUAUGGGAAAGUAACUGGGUCAAUUGCAGAUUGCUCAUUGUGUGCUUGUCCCAAGGGCAACAGCCAGAGUUUUAGCCCCACAUGCGUCCUAGAAGGUAUUAAUGAUUUCCGUUGUGAUGCCUGUCUACCUGGAUAUGAAGGGCGAUACUGUGAAAGGUGUUCUCUUGGCUACUACGGAAAUCCAAAUGAGCCUGAUGGCUUCUGCCAGAAAUGUGACUGCAACCCAAGCGGCUCAUUGAAUAAUGAAUGUGAUCGGCUAACCGGCCAGUGCAUUUGCAAAACAGGAGUAACUGGCCGUCUUUGUGAUACUUGUGAAUUAAGACACAUUCUUUUGGAAGAAGAAUGUAUAUCUUGUGAUGAUGAUUGCACUGGAACCUUACUUGAUGAUUUGGAUAGUUUGCACCAGGCCAUCUUCUCUUUUAAUAUGACCGGUAUUGGUAGACCACCUCAUCAAACUCUAUUCAACUUGGAAAAUGUGACAAAGCACUUUAAGGAGUCUGUGCCAAUAAGAGUCAGCCCAAUAAUAUCCCUGGACAAGACAAUGGAGCAGCUCAGUUCUUUGUCUAAAGACACCCUCCAACUUGAGCAGCACAUGGAGCAGGUGAUAGGUGAUGGAGAAGCACUGAACAAUGCCACCAUCAGAACUCUGAAUAAGACUCAAGAGUUAAUCGGCUUUAUUGACAAAAUGCAAACGACUAUUCAAGUAUUGGUGGAAGUGGUCGAAAGCCUAAAUGAGACGAGCAUUGAUACACAGCUCUCUGACAAUUUGCAAUUAAAUUAUGAGGAUGAUGUCUCCUUAAUGCUCAGUUCUAUGAGGUCGAAAUAUUUUAAUGAUCAAAGUCAAGAUGCUACCAAAACCCUCAAAGUAUCAGAAGGCUAUCUACACAGAGUUGAGAAAGAAUAUGAGAAGCCACACCAAGAUUUAACAAAGUUAAAAAAUAGUCUUGAAAAUGCCCUCGCACAACGUAACAACAAACUACUGGCAGCGGAGGAUUUGCUGUAUGUGGCAUCUGCAAACACCAACAACACCAACGAUCUGCUGGUCAUUAUACAAAGAAAUCUGGCUGAUUUGAGGACAAAAAAACACGACCUUCAGGAAAAUAAGAACCGUUCUGUGUUGUUGAUUGAGGAAGGUCUUGGGCUGGUGGAUGAUGCAGUUUUGCUUGCAGAGGACACCAUUAAUGCUACAUCUGUUUUGGAGACCCACCAAGAGGAGCUUCUUCUUUGGAAUUCUAAACUGAGACACCAUGUAGAUCGUCUGGUAAUGCAGAUGGCCAAAAGAGACGCACUUGACAUGGUCUAUAAGGCAGAAGAUUAUGCAGCUGAACUACACAAACUUUCUGCUUCUCUAAAUAGUUCUCUUUUAGAUGUAAGGAAUGCCUCUUUGAAUGCCACCAGUGCGAUCCAUUCUCACACAGAUAUCAAAAAUAUGAUUGAGCAAUCAGAGGUUCUUGCAGAACAGUGUAACCACACAGUUACAGGAGUCCUGGCAAUGGUUUCAGGGGCAAAUGGAUCUUUACAAGUUGCACCAAAAAAUUCUAUGAAGUUCAGCACACAACUUCUGAAUGAGGCCAAAAAUUUAAGUCUUAGCACGGAAGGUCUUGUGUCUGAUUUGAACGAUCUGAAAACAAAAGCAGAUACAAUACAAAAACGCACUCAUGCAUUUACACGUCAAAUAAGUGAACAGCUUCUGGCUCUGAGAAAUUUACCAAAUGAUACCAGUGAGAAACUACAAGAUGCUAAAGAGCUUGCCUUGUCUGCCAAUGUCAGUGCAGCUGGCACUUUAAACCAUAUCACGAACUUCAACCAAAAGGUGUUAACUGCGUCCUCUGCGCUGUCCAAAGUCAAUGACACGCUGCGGAAAACCAACGAGCUUCUAGCGGACUCAUCCAAGACGGCGGUAACAGCGGAAAGCAGAAUUAAAGAAGUGGAAACACAGGCCAACAUUUUAUUGGAUAGACUGAAACCCUUGAAAUUGCUUGAGGAAAACCUAAGCAGAAAUCUAUCUGAAAUUAAAGAGCUUAUUAGUCAGGCCCGUAAACAGGCCGCAUCGAUUAAAGUGGCUGUUUCAGCCGACAGAGAUUGUGUACGCUCUUACCACCCAGAGCUCUAUUCUACACAUUUCAGCACUCUAACUCUUAAUGUUAAGACCGGCGAGCCGGACAACCUGCUUUUCUACCUGGGCAGCAGCACGAAAGCUGACUUCAUGGCGGUAGAAAUGCUGAAAGGCAAGGUUUCCUUCCUUUGGGACCUGGGCGCAGGAUCUGUAAGGCUCGAAGAACCUGAUAUCCAGAUAAACAAUAACAAGUGGCAUAAAAUACACGCAACAAGGUUUGGUAAAUCAGGUUCAUUGACUGUGGAAGAAAUUGGCACUUCUCAGAAGCCCACAGCCAAAAUGUCAUCUUCACCUGGUACAUCAUCCAUACUCCACAUCGAUAACUCAACAUUGAUGUUUGUUGGGGGAAUAGGAGGACAAUUACAGAAAUCAACAGCAGUCAAGACCACAGAUUUUAAAGGUUGCAUGGGCGAGGCGUUCCUUAAUGGGCACUCCAUUGGUUUAUGGAACUAUGUUGAGAGAGAGGGCAAAUGUGGUGGAUGCUAUGGAAGCCCACGAGAAGAAGAAACUGCUUUCCAUUUUGACGGCAGUGGAUAUUCUAUUGUAGAGAAGACGCUUCGUUCCACUUCAUCUCAGAUAGUUAUCCAUUUCCGAACAUUCGCUCCAAAUGGCCUUCUUUUGUAUCUUGCUUCCAAUGGAACACGAGAUUAUUUAUCUAUGGAAAUGGUGGACGGUAAACUGAGAGUAUCUGUCGAAUUGGGAUCAGGACCUCUGAUACUGAUGACAGAUGGACGCUAUAAUGAUGGAGCAUGGCAUAAAGUAGCCUUCCAGCGCAACAGGAAGCAAGGUAUACUGGCUGUGAUGGAUUCCUACAACUCAACCCAGAGAGAAACCAAGCAAGGAGAAGCUCCAGGCGUUGCUUCAGACCUUAACCGGUCAGAUAAGGAUCCUAUUUAUAUUGGUGGACUUCCCAGAUCCAGGAGUGUUAGAAAACAGCUUAGCAGCAGGUCCUAUGUGGGCUGUAUAAAGAACUUGGAGAUUUCCCGCUCAAAUUUUGACUUGGUAAGAAAUGCCUAUGGUGUAAGAAAAGGCUGUAAACUGGAGCCAACUCGUAGCAUUACCGUUUUAAAAGAUGGCUACGUGGAAAUGCAGCCAGUAUCAUUGGCAGCAGAAUCAGAGCUAAUGGUAUCGUUCUCCACACUCAAUGAAUCUGGAAUUAUCGUGGCUGGAUUUGGCAAGGGAGCGGAAAAACUCAGUCGCAGGCAAGCUCUCUUGCCAUUCUUUGCUAUAAUGCUGGUGAAUGGACAUAUUGAAUUCCAUAUCAACCCUGUGGAUGGUGCCAGCACAAGAAAGGUCAUCAUCAAAUCUCCUACUGGAACCUUUAGUGAUGGACAAGAACACUCUAUUAUUGUCAUCCGGAACAAGAGACUUGUGAAUGUACAAGUGGAUGAAGGAAAACCUUCCGAGGUGAAGAUGAACGGACCAUCUGUCGAUUCCAUCUCUAUAAAUGCUUCCAAUUUUUAUGUCGGUGGCGUCCCUGGUAAAAUGGGUACAGCCCCCCUCAAAACAAGCCAGUCUUUCUACGGAUGUAUACGCAAUCUGGUUGUAAAUAUGGAGCAGAUGGAUUUCACCAAUGUCCUGAAAUAUGAGGGGGUUCAUAUGGAUAGCUGCAUGCUGUCAGAGAAGCCUAAAUCCAUUGCCCAGCUGGAAGUGGAAGUUCUGCCGACUGCAACGCCUGCUCAGCCUGUCACAGAGAGAAAAUUAACUACCCCCAUACAGAAAUCAUUUGUAACUAAGCCAUUGCAGUGUGCACUGGAGAUGAAGCCGGACCAUGUGCCAGAUGCUCACCAGUUUGGCCUCACUCAGGGAAGCCACAUUGUACUGCCUUUUGACCAAUCAGCUGUCAGAAGAAAACUCUCUGUACAGAUAACUCUCAGGACAUAUGCCACCAGUGGUCUUAUUUACUAUAUGGCUCACCAGAACCAGAUGGAUUAUGCUGCACUUCAACUUCAUGAAGGGAAACUUUAUUUCUUAUUUGAUAUGGGAAAAGGACGGACUCAGGCUUUCCAUACGGCUGUUAUUAAUGAUGGAAAGUGGCACACAGUAAUAACAGAAUAUUAUAAAAGAAAAGGUACGAUUACUAUUGAUGGUCAGGAAUCAGCAUCAGUUAGUGCUCCAGGGGACAGCAAUACUUUGGAUGUGGAAGGGAAGCUUUAUCUUGGUGGGCUUCCACUAGACUAUACAGCGAAGAGCAUUGGGAAUAUCACACACAGUGUCCCAGCAUGCAUUGGCAAAGUUGCCAUUAAUAACAAACAACUGGAUAAGGAGAGCGCUAUCUCCAUACACGCAGUAAAUAAGUGCUACGCAUCCGUCCAAGAGGGAACUUACUUUGAUGGAACUGGAUUUGCUGCCCUUGUUAAAGAGGGGUACAAAGUCCGCUCAGACGUAAACGUGUCUCUCGAGUUCCGCACUACACAGAUGAACGGUGUUCUUCUUGGAAUUAGCAGCGCAAAAGUUGAUGCCAUUGGCCUGGAAAUCAUACAUGGCAAGGUUUUGUUCCAUGUUAAUAAUGGUGCCGGCAGAAUAACAGCAGUCUACAAGCCAGAGAGCCCCAGCUCUUUAUGUGAUGGCAAGUGGCAUAAGCUUCAGGCCAGUAAAAUUAAACAUCGCAUUGUCCUUACGGUGGAUGGAAAUGUUGUGAAUGCAGAGAGCCCACAUGUCCAGUCAACCUCUGCAGACACUAACAAUCCGAUUUAUGUUGGAGGCUAUCCGGCUGAUGUGAAGCAAAACUGCUUGACCAGCCAGACCUCAUUCCACGGAUGCAUACGCAACAUGAAACUGGUGAAGGGCACGCAGACCGAAGCCAGUGAUUUCAGCAAAGCCUUUGAAAUGCGCGGAGUCUUUCCUCAUUCCUGUCCUGGAACAGAACAAUAA